UGUCAGGUACAAAGGUACGCGCUGCUGGUCACGUAGACUAGAGUACAUUGCAAAAUUUGUUGCCUGGGCUGGGAAUCUGUUUACUGGAUGCAGAACAUCAAACGGGCGCUUGACGUAAACACUGCUUCGGAUUUGGCCAACCCCAAGGCUGCAAGCUCCGAUCUCGGCUCAAUUAAGACAGCAUGGCCGAUAUGAGAAAUGUCAUCGUCAUCGCUCUUGUAGCGACUUUUCUGACGCUGUCAGCAGUGGAGGCAUUCACGUGUUAUGGCAGCACCACGUGUCCUAACGGAGGCACGUGUAUCGAAGAUGAUCUCUGUGCGUGUGUCCAAGGCUACUUCUCCCCGAGAUGUGAAGUGUGCCGACCGAUUGAUCACUGCCCGGAGGUGUUUUGUAGCAAUUACUACGAUGCUAAGUGUAUACGAUGCGACGGCGACUUCGGGCCGACUUUUGGAAGUGCCUACGAAAAGACGGGCGAUCAGAGAAGAUGCAUCAAGCAAUGUUCAUGGAGAAGCGACAGCAAUGCCUGCUUCCCGGGAUCCUGCACCGAUGCCCAGUGCACCUGCAGCAGUGGAUUCUCCGGAGACGACUGCAGAACAAUGGAGGAGGGGCAGGCACCAGUUAUGUCAGAGCUCCGCGCAACGCUCCUGGCGGGGACGACCACACAGGAAUUGGGGCGCGCCCGGAAUGACACCGCCACGCUCGACAUCAACGGGCAGAAUUUCACCGACGUCCGCAUCCACUGGAAGUGUUCAUACCAACCCACAGGACUCCCAAACCCCAGCGUGCUGGAUGGAGCCGGCCAGCCCGUCUAUCCCUACAUCGCCAACGUCAGUUUGGGCGUCGUGUCUGCAAGUGUCACAGCCACGGUGCACCUCGCCAGUGGUGGAACAUACACUCUGGGUUCUGAAAACUGCCCUGCCGCCGGAUCUCAGGAUGACCCAGCUACUAGCCUGGUCAUCUGCGAGUACACGUUCGAUAUAGACGGCAGCAUCUGGACCCCCUCUGAUGGGGAUGUGCUGACGUACAUCGUGGACGCCACAAAUGGGGGAUACAUGCAACUCUACGAUAGGGACAAUUCCAACAACAUCAUCACUCGGUACUACGUCGGCCGGACCGUCUCCGCCUCGGCUAAUUUCACCUUUGACCUGGACAGCCCCUACCACUGUGUGAAUGUCAGCGCCGGGUGUCGAACCACCAUGCUCGAUGCUGGAGAUGAUGUCACCGUUGAGGCUGAUAUCACGAUCACGUGGAGUGAUUGGGCAGAUGACCUGUCUGGCAUUGGUGAGUACGACCUGCAGGUGCGUCAACUAUCCGGCGGCCACGGCGAUGAGAUGACCGAGACCUUUGAUGUACCGGCUGUGUACGCCGGCGCUGCUGUUUCUGGACAGACUGUCAUGUUACCUCACCCAGGUGUGUACUCCAUUGUUUUGACAGCCUCCGACAAGUCUGGUAACACCCGACUCAGCAGACGUUUUGUGCUCUUUGAUGAUGAUCCCGACGAUGUCACCACCCAGAGCCAUGCCCCUCUGCGUGUCCUGUCGGCGAGCACGGAGACAGGCUACACGUGGGUGACUGAUCUUGGCCUGCCUGGUGGCACCACUCCUAUUACCUUGAGCUGGUUUGAACAUUUCACCAAUGCACACCAUCGUAGCCAAGGACUGCUGAAACCCAUUGGCUCAUACGCUGGCGGUGAAAUUGACACUGCCUAUGACCAGAACUUUGGUUUACGCGGCCGGGCAGCCAUCCCCAAUGCCCUGGGUGUGACGCAGUUCCGUGUUCUUUACGACAUCGACCACAGUGGUGGCAGGACCAUUGUCAAUGCCAGCCGCAAUGACUCAGACGACUGGAGGAAUUUGAACACCACCACGCAGGUGACCUACGACCUGAGCCUCGUGGACGGCGAUUCCAUUCGGUUCUGGGUGGAGGCCAGAGAUGUCACCGGACACUCCCUGAGGGACACCGUACUGACUCACGUAGAUUCCUCACCACCAGUUGUUGACGGUGGAGAUGGUACUUUGGCAGUUCCCAGUUCCGCUGAUCUGGACAAUGUGGGGGUGGCCUUCCGAGCGUACGACGUGCACAGUGGUAUCCGGACCAUCGAGUGGCGCAUCUUCAUCAACCAGUCUGACACAGAGGUGGAGCUCGCCCGUCAAACGUUGCCCCCUGUGAAGAUUGACCCUGCCACGGAGGACUGUGAUCCCAGCAGCUGUCUGUGCAUACCACUGGGCGACUGCUACGCCAUGUAUUACGGUUUUAAUCCGGAUGUCCACAUUGGCGGCCACAGCUCUGAUUACUUCGUCGGGCUGACGGUCACCAACCAUGCCAGACUGGUGGCCAACAAGACCAUCAAGGUCACGGUGGACUCCACGCCCCCGGAAGCCGGCGUAGUGCAUGAUGGGAUGCUUGGGUCCAAGGAGGUCGACUACCAGGUGGGCCGCGACCUCUGGGCCCACUGGGAGGGUUUUGUGGACCGAGAGAGUGGGGUGGCAUUCUACCGUUACCUGUUUGACGACUUGUGCUGGGAUGACUCAACGGCAAUUGACUCUGUACAAGAUAAUAUGACGCAAACCUCGUCCACCCACGCCAGUUGGACCGCCCCCUCGCCGGGCAAGUACCAUGUGACCGUCGUUGCAUACAACACGGCUCAGGAGCCCUCCGAGCCCGUCUGCUCUGAUGGCGUCACAAUUGAUGCCAGCCCACCCGAGUUGUCCCAGAUUGCCAUCAAACGCACCCGGGCCUGGCCUGGCCUGGCCAAGGAUGCCGAGGGUCGGGUGUGGCUCAUCACCGAGCACCUUAGAAAGAUGGAGCUGGUCAAUGCGUCCAGUAACUGCAGUUCUGUGGCCACCCCUCUCACCGAUUUGUCGAUUUAUCCCGAUGUCACAGCCUCUGAGGCGAGAUCCCAACAAGACAUAAGCUGCCAGGACUUCUCGGGCUUUGAGGAGAAACUCUUCCUUCCCACACACAAGCAUAUGACCGUGUCCUGGUCAGGAGAGGACCUGGAGAGCUCCAUCUAUGACUACGAGAUUGGCCUCAGCAGUGACCUCUCCAACCUGACCCCUGACCUCGUGACUUUCGUGUCUACCUCAGGCCAUGAUCGUUUUGUGAUGUACCAUCCCCACAUCAGCCACGGAUCUGUGUUCUACCUGGUCCUGCAGGCCAUCAACAAGGCUCAAGUGUCAACUACAAAGGCGAUUGGACCAAUUGUAGUGGAUACCACCCCGCCCACAUUUGUUGGGCGUGUCUCGGUCCGUGCGGAUGAUGACCACUUGAUUGCUGAAUGGGGAGACGAUGGCUUUAUCGAUGAUGAGGAUACUGGCCUGAGAUACCAAGUUGCCAUUGGUCAGCACCGGGGAGGGACCGAAACGCACUCUUACCAAGAGGAGGACGACCUUCAAAUCGGCCCCUGUCUUCUUCGGACAUCCUGCGCCGCAUUCUCCCUGGCUGACCUGGGCUGGCGUCUCCACGGCGAUCACGAGUAUUACGUGUCGGUCAGGGCACAGAACGGUGCCGGGUUGGUGGCGGUGGGGAUCUCGCCUGUCUACAGACACAUUGUCCAGUUGCCGUCCGUGGGUGUUGUAUUAGAUGUUGCACCCCUCGGAGAAGCACCGGAUGGGACCUUAGGGGUGGCCAAAGAUAUUGACGUGCAGAUGGACACCACGAGCAUCUCAGCUCGUUGGUAUGGCUUUGAGCAUCCCCACCUUGACAUCAACUACGAGAUUGCCGUCGGGUCAGAAGGUGGCACCUCAGACAUCAGUGGCGGCCUCAUCGAUGUUGGCAGCGCGACCUUCUAUCGACUGGAAGGACUGACUUUAACCUCUCUCAAGACUUAUUACGUGACAGUCCGUGCCACUUCGGACACCGGCAGUGUCAACGUGACCUCAGACGGCGUCAAAGUCAUUCGGGAAGGGCUGAUACUGGAUGGGACUGCAGUGAAAGACGGACUCGGCUGUCAUCGGGAAGGAGAUGAAGUUCUAUCCAACGGCUCAUCUGAUGCUGAUCCACCCUGCCAGGAUGACAUCCCCCACCAGUCUUCCACCUCAGACAUCUCAGCUCGAUGGACCAUCCCCGAGAUGUUGCUGCCCUUUGUGACUCAUGUCUUGUGGGCCGUCGAAGAAGAGGUUGAAACUUAUACAGAUGACGAGGUAGCUAUGUCGGAAUGGAUCCAAGUGAUUGAUUAUCAAGAUCUUGGCAUGGCCUUCCAGCAUGUCGAAGCUGGCGUAAGGUUGAGGGACGGAGCACACAUCAGAUCCAAGCUCAAAUUCUGUCAUGGCAGUGUCUGUUUCCUGCCAGUCACCAGCGAUGGGUUCUGGGUGUUAUCGCGACCUCCCGAGGUCGGCCAGGUCACGGUCAGCGACGUCCGGUUAGCGGACGGCUUGACGAACCUCAGCGUGAUCUUCCAGCCGUUUGUCCAUGAGUACGUCCGGCGCGGAGACCAGCGCGAGCUGAUGGACGGGUACCAGUGGAGAAUUGCCGUGGCGGGCGGCGCUGUGUUGAGCGCAUGGAAUCUGGCUGGGGAUGUGGUGAUCGCCGGGGAAACAGCCCAUUUUAUUGCAACGUACAAUGGACAGUUAGACCGGCGUGUUUGUCAUCAGCUGUCCCUGCGAGGUUUCAACAAAGCUGGUCUCUCCUCCACAGCAAGCACUCAGCUUCCAGACUGCGCAGUGCUUUCCGCUCCCAACAUUGUCAUAGAUGCAGAUCACGAAGUUGUCCUGGAGCUGAACGCCGCCUGGCACGAGCCGGACAGGGAUUAUGUCCUGUCCAGGACUUUCCUGGCUGCGGUCUGGCCCCAGCUGCGCCACCGGGCCUACGUCUGGGCAGCCGUCCAGGACAUUGGAACGGCCGACUUUGGAAACUUGGACCAGGGACUGCACUUUCCUUGUGAACAUCCGAUGGCGGAGGCGUGCGGAGAGACAGAUAAAGAGUUUGUCAACAUCCCAGGACUGUCCCUUCAGCACAGCAACCGUUACCGUGUCUGCGUCCAUGCCAACCAGGUAGUCAUUGAGCAUGAGACGUGGAACCAAACGCUGCCCUCGGUGUCCAGUUGCAGUGACGGCGUGGUCGUCGAUACCACCCCACCGAUUGCGGGCUCUGUGCGGAUGGGUUGGCAACAGCGUCAGAAAUUUCAGCGGUCAUCUUCAGAGUUGGUGCUACACUGGGAAUCCUUUACCGAUAGUGAGGAGCACGGCUCGUCAUGGCAACACACUGGUAUCCAGUACUACGAAUAUGCAGUUGGUUCGUCUCGAGGCAGCAGCGACGUGAAAGAGUUCACUCGCCUUGGUCUCACGGACAGCGUUAUCGUGAACAACCUAAGGCUGGAGCAUGGACACUCUUACUAUGCCACAGUGAGAGCCUAUGACUUCGUGGGUCUGUUUGCCGCAUCGACGUCCGAGUCCAUCAUAGUUGAUGCCAUGCCCCCUACCGUCAACACCAGCUAUACCCUGGACAUCGGAGGCAGCUUCAUCAGGUCAACCACUUCUCUGUCGGCAAGAUGGGAACAUGUGUUCUCGGACAAGGAGAGCGGCAUAGCGUAUUACGAGUGGGCUGUUGGGUCACAGCCAGGUCAUGCCGACGUCAUGCCAUUCAAACAGGAGACUUCCGAGUCGGGGGCGAGCGACCCGUCAGCGCCGUUACGCCUGCAAGAAGGUCAUUCGUACUUUGUCACCGUCAAGGCUGUCGAUCAUGUUCAGCUGAUCCGAUCGAAGAGUUUCGGUGCCUUCGCGGUCGAUGCAAGCCCACCACUGGCUGGCCACGUCUUUGAUGGAGACCCCACCCAGGCCCCGGUCAGUCACAGGGACCAAGAUUUCCAGGGGGACCGGGCGGCGCUCGGGGCAUCCUGGGAAGGGUUCCACGACCCCCACAGCACCCUAGUCGGCUACUCGUGGUUUGCGGGGACGUGCGAGGGAUGCAGCGAUGUUGUGCCGCGGCAGCACGUAGGCUUGGACACAAGUGUUCUUGCGGACAACCUCAACCUCGUUCCCGGUCUGACCUACUACGUGACGGUGACGGCCUGUAAUGCCGCUGAGCUUUGCACCUCGGUGACCUCUGAUGGGGUCACGGUCGAUGAUUCGCCCCCGGUGUGGGGGCAUGUCAGUGACGGUGGUCCAGGGGGUGGGGAUGUCAGCUUCCAGUCAUCAAGGCGUGAACUGCGAGCCCAUUGGUGGGGUUUCCAUGACCCUCACUCUGGUCUCUCCCACUACGAAUGGCGCGCCGGCACGACACCAGGAGCUGCGGACAUUCUCCCCUCUACACGCAUUGAGCUGUCGGAGGAUGCUCUGAUAUUCCUGCCUGCAUCAGACCAGCUGCCCGUAGGCAACGAUAUUUACAUCACUGUGCGUGCCUACAACCGAGUCGGUUUGCAGAGCGAGGCUACGUCUAAUGGCUUCCGUGUGGACCCUAGCCCCCCUGAUGUGGUUAACAUACCCGCUGUUGACAAGACGGUCGGGGUGGCUGUUCAGAACACUCAGGUUCUGCGCGAUGUCGUCCGGCUGUCCUGGUGUUUCCGAGACCCAGAGAGCGGAAUGAAGGAGCAGUACAUCUCUGUCAGCACACACCGCAACGGAGACAUAGAUAUUGCACCUGUGAAGGUUGCUGGAAGCGAGAGAGAUCACACAUUCACUAAUUUGACGUUGAGCGACGGGGGUCAUUACUUCAUGACCGUGGUGGCCUGCAACUAUGCUGGUCUGUGCACAGAGGCCAAGGCAGAACCGUUAUUGGUUGACACUAGUCCACCUUCACAAGGAAGUUUCUCAACUGCAGCAAAUCCGGAACCAACUACUUCAGUGCCUGGGGCCACGUCUCCCCCGAGCCACCACUCUGGCUGGAUGACGUGGCUGGAGGACUCCAGCACCUCCACCGGUUCCUUAGCCCUGGCCUGGCUGGGAUUUGCCGACAUACACUCUGGUAUCAGCCACUACUUGGUCUCGGUCGGGACGACCUACGGCGGCUCGGAACUCACUCCGGGAGGACCAAUACCAAUUGACCACAGAAAUGGCAGCGUGCCAUUGGAUGACGACACACUGCAGACCACCGUCAUACCACUAGAGGGCAGCAUCACAGCUCUCGUGCCGCCGUAUCUCUACAUUUCCAUGUGGGCUGUCAAUGAGGUUGGACUUUCAAGCACCCACCUGCACUCUGCAUUUGAGGCCUCUCCUACUUCACCUCACGAGGGCGCUCUCUUGCCACUGCAGCAGUGUUCUGCGUCGACGUGCGAGGGGCACUGUGCAUGCCCUUCCAGCAACCAGGCCUGCUCAAUGCGACCGGGAGUGUGUAACGAUGUCACAAACAGCAAUCCCAAUGCAGAAAUUGAAGUUUUAGAUAUCCUCAACCUCACAUUUGACGACGACGAUGCAGAAAUCGAUAUCAAUGACACGGCCACUCAGUACCUGAUGGCUGCAGCAUGGCGCGUCAGUGAUCAGAAAGGGCUGGGUAUCAAGUGGUCUGAGUGCAGCAUUGGCGACGACUCCUCCACACCCAGUGACCCAGCAGGCGUCUUUGACCCGGCCACGGAGAAGAUAUGGUUCGACGUUGGACAAGCCAACCACACCGUCAUCACCCUCGCCAAAGACCACAAACUCACGAAGGGGACUCGGUAUUACUUCUUCGUCCGUGCCUGGUAUGAUGCCGACACAUUCGCGGUGUUCAGAUCCGACGGCAUAACCCCCGACGUCACACCGCCAAAAGUCUCAAUGACUUCGAGGUUCAAGGUGAAAGAUCUUACCAGGCCUGACAGCAGCAGAGACGCCGAUUACUUGACCAAUCCGAGCAUCGUCUACAUCGCUUGGGAAGGAGCAUUCCUGGAUGAUGCGAUGUCCCACUACGAAGUAUCUCUCAGUACAUAUCCCGGAGGGGGAGACGUUUGCUAUUUUUCUAACCACUCGGUGCCGGCCAGCGAGUUUACAACUUCCUUGGCAAAUCUGAACCUUCAUAGUGGACUUCGUUACUAUGCCAACGUGAGAGCAUUCAACAAAGCUGGGCUGCACACGCUCAGAAGCAGUGACGGCUUUGUAGUCGACACACAAAGGCCGUAUCCGGGGGUGGUGAACGAUGGGAUAGAUCUCCACGAUCUGGAGUACCAGAACACCAGCACGGUCGUCUCAGCCUCCUGGCAUGGCUUUGUGGAUCUAGAAUCCUACAUCGACCACUAUGAGUGGUGCGUUGGACAGACCUCUAACCCUACAGACGAUAGCAUCCUUCCCUGCACCGAUGUCGGAAUCCACCUCUCCGCUUCCACGACUCUAGUCUUACCCCUCAACGAAGGUAAUCGAUACUAUUCUAAAGUUGCAGCUGUGGAUGCUGCCGGGUUGCAGUCAGAGAUGAUCUCCUCGGAUGGAUUUGUGGUUGAUACUUCUCCUCCAGAACCACUAGAACACAUCCUGUUGGGGGAGAACCUGCUCACUAAUCCAUCCUUUGAAGGGAUGGAGGGGCAGGACUCAGUUCUUCCCUGGGAUGUUGAACUGGGCAGCGAGUUUACCGUCAUCACCUCCGAGGUUAAAGCUGCGCAGGACGGCAGCCGUUUCUUGUCUGUCCGCGGCUCCGUCUCCCAAACCUUCCACACUCUGCCGGGCAGCCACUACCAGGUUGUUCUCUUCGCGAGCCAUGUCGUACCAUCCCACAAUCCUUUGCUGAAUCAGGAGGGUCACAUCGAGGCCCCCGGAUUGAAUCGCGUCUUCAGGCUGUAUGACCAACCAGCUCACGGCCACUCCGAGCAGAGUCUCAGCUCCAUCGCAUGGCACCAGCACAGGUUUUUCUUCACAGCCAGUGGAGACGUGUCAACUUUAAAAAUCUCCUCACUUGGACUUUCAAACGGCAUCCUGUUGGACAACAUUCAGGUCAGGCUGGUUACCACUGCACCGAGUACCGGGAAUGGGUCCGUGGAGGUCCACACCCAGUUUAUCCACGGCUGGUCAUCUCUCCAGGCCAAGUGGCAUUUCGUUGACCCCGAGAGCCCUAUUGUUGACUACAGCUGGGCUGUCGGCACCACAAGGGGCGGCACCCAGCUACAGAGAUUCACAUCCGUGGGGACACAAACUGAUGGUGCCAAUACGAACCUCAGCAUGCAGCAUGGCUCCCGCGUUCAUGUCACCGUGACGGCAAGGAAUGCGGCCGGUCUGGUUGCCGUGGCAACCUCUGGUCCAAUCAUAGUUGACUCUACAGCUCCAAUUAUACAUUAUGUCAUCGACGGUGGUACUGAACAAGAUAUUGACUAUAGUUCCGAUGACCAGUCUGUGACUUUUAGUUGGUCAGCCACAGACCCCGAGACUGGAAUUGACCACUGUGAGUGGUCAGUUGGGUCACAGCCUGGGUUUGCGGACAUAAGUCCCAUCUCGCAGACGCCUGACGCCGCGUCCAUCGUGACUGCCAAUUUGGCAGAGGCUUCUGUCGAGGGCGAAUCUUUGUACGCAACCGUAACCUGCUACAACCGUGCUGGACAGCAAUCUACGAAAUCAUCCAACGGCAUCACCGUGGUUACCGAACCUCCUAGCAACACAGCAGCUUUCGUACUCAUAAACAGUGUGUCAGAGACCCCGUACCAGUCAAGGGAGCGGUAUCAGUCUCAGCGAGAUUCCCUCAAAGCAUCAUGGGAUGGAUUUACGGACCCAUACGGUAUUCAGCAUUACGAGUGUCUUCUCGGCGGACCCAACGCCUUCGCGUCCUGGAGGCCGUGCGGUUCCACAUCACAGACCCACUUGGACUGGUCGGGUCUCAGCCUGGUUGACGAUGCCAGCUACACCCUGUCAGUCAGGGCGGUCAACCACGCUGGCCUGACCAGCCGGGCCGCCACUCAGACCUUCUCGGUCGAGUCUUCAUGGCCUGCCGUCCACGCACCGAGCCUACUCAGAUCCUCCUGGCUGGGCGACGGGACAGUCGAUCUUGCCUGGGAUGGCUUGUUCUCCAACCCCUACUCCUCCUCCUUGGUGUACGAGGUAUCUCUCGGUACCAUCCCAGGAGGUAGUGAUGUCAUGCAGUGGGUGGAGACCACUGAGACUGGUAUGCGUGUCUCCCCGCUGGCUCCCUACACCGACUACCACCUGACAUUGACCGCCAUCAAUGCAGCCGGCUUGUCGCAGACAGUCAAUAAGAUCCUCAACAGCCGAUGAUAGCCACAUCCUCGUUUGGCUCAGAGAUCAAGUUUCUCAAGCAUUUGACAACCUCAAAUCAUUUCAUACACGGCGAAAUAGAUCUGAUCUUCAGACAGAAAAGACAUCGCGCAAUUGCAUAACUGACGGAGACAAUAGAGAUGAUUACUCCGACAUCUUGUCCAACAUGAGUUUGGGAGCCAUCCAAUUUGUGGUCAUCAUUGUCACAAGUUUACAGACCCCUAAGCUUUGAGGAAGGGGGCCCUGUACGUUUUUCAAAUGUAAUCUAAAAAAUACAAGUGAUAACUUGUAGAAAAACAACCUUUUCCCUCUUUUUUCAAAAAGUUUUUACUCACUUGGAGAGGGUUGGGCUACUGGAAAAAAAAAUGAGAUGAUGAAAAAUGCACACUUAUUUCGCCGAUACAUUUACAGUGUAUCAUUGGCACAUUUAAGUGUCAGUUUUUUACGGCUAUGGCUAUUUGUUGCUAUGCACUAAUGCCGAGACCAUAGCCGGAGCCACAAUGUACUCGAUUUUGGAGUCAGCCAAAGCCUCAACUCCAGGCACGUUGGGAACCUAUUUUUAACUUAAUAAUUGCAAAGUUGCCCCAAUUUUUCCGAUAACAAAGUUUUUGUAAUACUCAGAAAUACCAUGUGUGUGUUGUAAAAUUUUUUCAUAACUCAGCAUUAUUUGAAAGAUUUAGUAUCAGAGAUAUUUCAAAUUGUUGCAACUCAUAGUAUUUUUUGUGAUAGGCAAUUAAAUUUCCGUCCAUGUUCUGUGCUGAAAAUGUUAUACUUGUAUGUGACAUCAGACAAUAUGGAUAAUGUAUAUUUGACAGAAUUAUAAAUUUUGUAUCAAAAAUAAUGUUUAAUCGAAACUGUUUAAAGGGAAAAAAGGUGGCUGGAGACCAUA